AUGCCUGUGGAGGCCAGCUGCAGCACCCAGACGAACUCUGCCAGGGCGCCGCUGCCGCCGCCGCGGGCGGUGCCCGUCCCGCUGGUUUGCGACAGCGGCACCCAGGUGUCACAAGCCAACCUGUGCGAUUGGGAGGCCGAUGCGGUGCCUGCCAGCGAGCAGCUGGCAGAGCAAGCGCAGGCAGAGGUGGCGGAGGAGCAGCGGGUAGAGGCACUGCGGCGCAGGAUGCGAGAGGUGGAGGAGGCACAAUACAUGCAGCAGCAGGAGGUGCUGGAGAGCGAGCGCGUGUGGCAGCAGCGCGAAGCGACGGAGCGGGCGCUGCGGCAGCGCGAGGCGGAGGAGGUGGCGGCGGCGCAGGCGCAGCUGGCGUUUGAGGUGGUGCCCUUGGCGGCGCUGGAGGCGGAAGUGCAGGCGCUGGCGCUGCCUGUGCUGGAGGGGCUGGCGGCGGCCCAGCUGGCAGAGGCCUGCGCCGCCUCAGCUGCAGGCCCGGGCAGCGGAGAGCGUCGGGCAGCAGAGCUGGACACCAUGGAUCAGUUCGAGGCGCUGCAGGAGGCUGCGCCGGCAGAAGCGCCAGCGCCGCCACCAGGGCCGGAGAGCGAGCUUGGGCUGGCAAGCAGCCGGGAAGCGAAAUCGGCGGGGCGGCAAAGGGCGCCACUUCGCUGCCAAGCGCUGAGCAGCGCUGGCAGUGCUGGAGCGGCUCCACAGCAGCAGCAGCACGCCAAUGCGAGACGAGUGGUGCUGGCGGUGGACCCCACCGAGGACUCGGUGGCCGCCUUCAACUGGGUGCUGAACAACCUGCUGAAGCCCCAGGACGAGCUGCACCUGCUACACGUCGUGCCAGACAUCUUUUUCGGCCCCUCCAGCGGCUCCAUCUACUACUGCUCCUCGCCAGACCCCGAAACCGAGCGCCUCCUGUGGCAGCAGGCCAAGCAGUUUUUUGUGGACAACUUCCUCGAGCAUGCCAAGGGGUGCGGCCUGGAGGACAGCGUGUAUCUGCACCUCGUCAAGGAGCGCAGGCACAAGCACAUAGGCAAGGCGGUGUGCAAGAAGGCUGAAGAGUUGGGGGCGGACCCGCUGGUGGUGGCCUCCCAUGACAAGGGGCCUCUGGAGGAGCUGCUGCUGGGCUCGGUGUCCAAGUUCUGCGCCACGCACAGCAAGCGGCCCGUGCUGCUGCUGCACCCCAACCACUCCAGCCUCUGAGCAGCCGGUGCUCCGCGGGGCGCUGCUGGCCAUCGGCUGCCACCGCUCGCUUGCUCAGCGGCUGACCCAGGCGGCUGAGCCGCAGCAACACGGAGGCUGCUGGCCACAGCAAGGAGACCCCAGCCACCCUUGCUGGCAGCACGUGCUGCGGUCUCGCGCGCGGCGUGUAUAACUCUAUCCGGCUCAUGACGUGCUGCCCUGCCAGGCUGUACCAUCCUCGCUCCUGCUGGGAUGCAGGAACCUUGUUUUCGCUUGGCCACGCCCCCCCCUGACGUUUCAUGAGCUGUCUCAUUUCUUUCUUCCAUCAUAGGCACCCUCACCGACCCCAACCACCAUUGCCUUUUCCCAGCAGGCCGGCCCCAGCUUUUUCGCUGGCAGCAGCGCGCAGCAGCCCCUUUGCGGACUGUCUGUGGUGGGGCUCCCUGCCUCAGUUUUGUGCCUGUGUGUGAUCUCCCACUUUGUCUGCAUUUUUCAAGUAUCUACGCCACAACAAACGAUCUCAUCGCAGCUUUAAAAAUGUCCACAUCAGUGAUCAUCAAGGAGGCAAGACAUGUAAGAGCAUGCAUCG